AUGACCAAGCGCACCAAGAAGGUCGGUAUCACCGGUAAAUAUGGUGUCAGAUACGGUGCCUCCCUGCGUAAGCAGGUGAAGAAGAUGGAAGUCACCCAGCACGCCCGUUACAUCUGUACCUUCUGCGGAAAGAACACCGUGAAGCGCAAGGCUGUCGGUAUCUGGGAGUGCAAGGGCUGCAACAAGACCGUCGCCGGUGGUGCUUACACCGUCUCGACCCCCGCUGCCGCUGCCACCCGCUCCACCAUCCGCCGUCUCCGUGAGAUCGCUGAGGUUUAA